GCACCCACAGACAGUGACGGACCCCCGACGGCAACCUGUUGAUCUGCCACACGUCGGGACCUCGGCCCAUCUGCAGCUCCCCAUCAGAGGAACCAUCUGCCCACUGGGGACCGCUGGAGGCCGGCAGCAGCGACAUAAUUCAUAUUUUUUUCUUUCUCCACUACAAAACCCAGAAGGAACUUGAACUUUUUUAGAUUCCCGGACAUUGUUAUCUCGAUAUUUACUCCAAACUUUAGAGAAGAGGACUAAUAGUUUCUUAUCUCCAGUUGGCAUCACUCUAGGUGACGUUUUUUGUUGUUGUAAAGGACAAAUAAUGAUGGAGGAUCACCUGUUGAAGAUCCCCAUGGUGCCGUCCUCUUCCCUCAGUGAGUCCUCUGGGAGCGGCGGGAUGGACGACAGCAGAGGAGCCAAGAGUCCGUCCCCGGGCAAAGCUCUGAGCCCGGCUCUGGUGUGCAAAGUGUGCGGAGACACCAGCAGCGGCAAACACUACAGCAUCUACGCCUGCAACGGCUGCAGCGGCUUCUUCAAGCGCAGCGUGAGGAGGAGGCUCAUCUACAGGUGCCAGGCCGGUACCGGCAUGUGUCCAGUGGACAAAGCUCACCGGAACCAGUGUCAGGCGUGCCGGCUGAAGAAGUGCCUGCAGGCGGGCAUGAACAAGGACGCAGUACAGAACGAGCGGCAGCCUCGCAGCACAGCUCAGGUCCGCCUGGACUGCAUCGACGUGGACCCCGACAAGGAACAUCUGGCCACCACGCGGGAGCCCGCCUCCUCUUCCUCCUCCUCUACUUCCUCCUCUUCCUCCGCCUCCUCCUCCUCAGUCAUCACGUGGCCCCACAUCACCUCCUCCGUGUCCAUCUCCUCCUCGGCGGCCCCCCAGCGCUGCGUCAGUCCCCAGAACAACCACCGCUUCAUGGCCAGCCUCAUGACGGCCGAGACCUGCGCCAAGCUGGAACCCGAGGACGUUGACGAAAACAUUGACGUGACGAGCAACGAGCCGGAGCGCGAGUCCUCGGAGUACCACAUGGCUCUGUACCCGUCCAGCUCCGAGAACGUGUACGAGACCUCGGCCCGGCUGCUCUUCAUGUCGGUGAAAUGGGCCAAGAACCUGCCGGUGUUUUCCAACCUGCCCUUCAGAGACCAGGUGAUCCUGCUGGAGGAGGCGUGGAGCGAGCUCUUCCUGCUCUGUGCCAUCCAGUGGUCUCUGCCUCUGGACAGCUGCCCGCUGCUCUCUCUGCCCGACCUCUGCCCAGGCAUGCAGGGCAAGACCAGCUACACCAGCCUGGACCUGCGCCUCCUGCAGGAGGUCUUCAGCCGCUUCAAGGCCCUCGCCGUCGAUCCCACUGAGUUCGCCUGCCUCAAGGCCAUCGUGCUCUUCAAGCCAGAGACUCGUGGGUUGAAAGACCCAGAACAAGUGGAGAACCUGCAGGAUCAGUCUCAGGUGAUGCUGGGACAACACAUCCGCUCACACUACCCCAGUCAACCAGCCAGGUUUGGAAAGCUGCUUCUUCUUCUUCCCUCUCUGCGUUUCGUGAACUCGGAGCGCAUCGAGCUGCUGUUCUUCCACCGGACCAUCGGAAACACUCCCAUGGAGAAGCUGUUGUGUGACAUGUUCAAGAACUAACAGACCAGAGCAGUCAUCAACAACCUCCGUGUUUGGAGGGAUGAGACAUUCGACAGAUAUUUGCUUUGUAUUCCUACAUAUCAGAGAUUCUGCGUGCUGUUAUUGUUUCUUAAAGGCCACUUUAUUAUUCGUUUGUUUGUUUCCACAUCAGGUCGUCCUGAAAAUGCAAUCCAGUCCUCGUCAUCAUGCUCGCUGUCUAUUUGUAUCAUAUUUACAUUUUGAUUUAUGUCCGAAGUGACUCACGAUCACAUUUCAUCCUCGUUCGGUUAUUAUAAUUUUUUCGGUGAUAUUUACAAUGCAGAUCUUUAUUUGUUUAGUGGUAGCCUGUAUAUCCCUGCUGUCAAUAACGCGACUGUUAUAUUCAUGUUUUCAUGCAUUGAUAAAGUUAAAAAUAAAAAUAAAUGUUUGAAAAUGA